UUGGAUGUUGUAUUAUGAUAUUUUAGUAAAUAUAUCAUAAUAUCAUACAUGUUGUAUAAUGACAUUUCUGGAAUGCGAUUAUUACUAAUCAAUUUUCUUAUGUUGGUGCUGGAUAUUCAUCCGAAGAUCCCAUGGAGGAUUUUUAUACUAACGUCCCGGAGUCACAAAUUGUCAAUUAUACAAAUCCGGCAGUAUUGGAACCUACAUCUGAAUGUUUUAUGAGACAGGAGCGCCCUGGAUCAGUUAAUAAGUCAUCGUUAUUGAGUGUUAUUGGUUCAAGCAACAGUUCGGUGGGAGGACGCUCAACGAAGACCAUUGUGACUGGAGGACACCCUUUCGUAUGCUUUGCAACUGAUGAUGAUUACAACAAGAUCACAAGUGAGUACAAGAUAUGGGUUACUACAGGUUUGAGGAUAAAAAGAAAGGGUUGUGUUUAUGCAAAAAAGGAUAAUGUAUUACAACCGCCAUUUGAAUUUGGGGUGAUGCAUGUUCAUAAGGAGUGGUUCCACCAGCUUGCAUACAACGGCCAACCUUUAAAUGAUACGCAUGUGGAUAUCUUAUUUUACUAUUUGAGAAAGAAGGAAAAUAUGAUCCAGAUGUUACAGUGAAAUUCACCACUACAAAUGAUUUAUUUGAUUUGAAGAUUAAGUCUCUUCAUAAGAAAUUUAUUGGACAUAAUAGAGAUACCAUCGUGUUGAAUCCUGAUCACGAUGUCGCCCAAUACAUUUUGGGUAAUCUAAUGCUUUGUAACCGUCCGUGGCCACGUAUUAUUUCCCAUUCUUGCUUCUAUGGACAAUUGGCACUGGGUACUAGCAAUACUAUCUUUCAAAGGUAGAUGCAUUUACCUUUAUGAUUCAAAGCAAGGUACCACUUAUAAAUCCAAGGUCUGAAGAGUAAUUGACGCAUAUGGUGUUACACUCCCGUACUUUCUGUGUGCUCUUGGUUUUUAUGGCAAAAGGAAUGACAUCGAAUUGAAUCAAGGUCCAUAUAAAGAUAAGACAGAGGAUGAUCCCUUUGAUGUUGUCGUGGUUGAUGAGUUUCUAAUUCAGCAAGAGACGUAAGAUUUAUGCAAAUUGUUACAGUGUCUUAUACAGGUUGUCGUAUAACUUAAGUCUUCUCUAAAACAUAUGGUAAUUUUAAUUUUUUGUUUUUUAAAUGUAGUGGUUGUGGUGUUCUUGUUGCAAUGUUCGCGGAAUCAUUCAUAUGUGGACAAAACGUGAUAAAAAAUGUGUCUGAUAUCAAUGGUCAACGCCUCAGGUUUGGGUCGUUAAUGUGGGAAUAUGGCAGAAUGAAGCAGGAUCAGCUUGUCGCUAGUGAUGCGGAAGUCCCUGGGAAAUGAAACAGAAAAAGGAAACGUGUUUAUUUAUAAGAAUAAUUAGUAGUUUUACUCGGUUAUGUAAUACUAAUUAUGGUUUUCUCAUAUAAAACUCUCUUUUAUCUUCCCGUGAAUAAUGUCCAUGGACAAGCAAUUAUGCUAUUGGAGUAUUACUGGAAUUUAUUGGUUUUGUUAUA